GGCGAUGCUACAUUCCUUGGUCUCCGAAAAUCGAUGACGUUCCCUGUCCGAAGAGCCCACGAAGCCGCAACUGCCAUGCCGCACGCUGACAAUUUGGGGCCCGUGACGUAAGAUUGAUAGUUUUGUUCCGGAUGAAGCAAGGAUUGGGAAAACCAUAAGAAGUCGGUCAAAGAUCACAUUGCGCGGGGAAGCAGUAUUGCAGUUCAGACCGGUGGAUAGAGCAGCACAGUUCAACAUGUCGAAACCAGUCCUCGUUGUCAUUGGCACCGGCUGGGGCGGAUUCACCCUCACUCAAAAGGUCGACCUGACGAAAUACGAUGUCAAGGUCAUUUCACCAAUUCGAACAAUCCAGUACACCCCAUUACUAGCCAGCGCAGCAUGCGGGCUAUUUAACUUCCGUCUUGCGGAAGAGCCGGUCAGGCGGAAGCACAGGACGGAAAUGGACUACUACAAGGCUUCUGCGGAAGACAUCGACUUUGAAAAGCGGAUAGUCCGAUGCAAGACAGAUGCACCCACUGCAGGCGAAGACCCGACUACCUUCGAAGUGAGGUACGACAAGAUUUGCAUAGCGCCUGGAUGCGAUACUCAAGACUUCGGCACGCCGGGCGCGAAAGAGCACGCUCUUUUUCUGAAGACGACCAAUGAUGCCCGCUUGAUACAGCAGCGCAUUCUACAGAUGCUCGACAAGGCGUCUCUUCCAACAACAAGCGAACAAGAUCAGCGGGACUAUCUCAAUAUUCGAAUUGUUGGAGGCGGCGCCAUCGGGAUUGAGGCUGCCGCCGAGCUAUGGGAUCUCUGGUUCGAAGACAUGCGUUUCCUAUUUCCUCACCUCGAUGGCAAGGUGACCAUCACCAUUCACGACGUCGCGCCCAAGAUCUUGUCCACCUUUGACGCAAACCUGAGCGAGUACGCUACGAGUUCGUUGCAAGGGAAGCAUGUGAAGAUCAAAACAGGCUCGCACAUCCAAAGCGUUGAAGCCGAUGCAAUCUUCACGAAAGAAGACGGCCGAUUGCCGUACGGACUCUUGAUUUGGGCCACAGGAAACAAGGCAAGCUCCUUGGUUGAGAAGUUACCUGUCAAGAAGCCAGAGACCGGCCUGCCUCCAACUUCCCUCUCGCCUAAUUUUUCUUGGCAUCUGCUGUUAGUGAAUGAGUGAGCCUACCACC